CCUUCCGUCGCCUACUCCCCUCCCACUCCCUCCCCCUCCCUUCCACCACGUCGGAGAUCGAGGGCGACGCCGCUGCCCCCGCUUCCCCUCGCAAUGGCGCCGAGAUCCCCGCGCUGAGCGAGCCGGGGGACCUCCGGAUCCGCGCGCCCCGUGCCACCGUCCGUCCUGCAGUUGAAGACCAGUAAGCUGUGCUCUACUUAAGGAAGACAUGGCCCACGUGUCGUUCAAAAAUAAAGAGGUGGACGGAGGCAUGUCCCGAUGGUCGGAGUACCUGAAUGUUGAAGAACCGACUCCUUCUGCAUUGGCAAGCUGGAGGAAUAUGAGUGUUGAUGGGCCACAAGGUUCUUCCGCCAGUGGCCACAAACACCUCCAGAUGGAACCGGUGGUUCAGCUGUCAAAAGUCGCGGAGGGGUUGCUGGCCAAGAUGUACCGGCUGAAUAGCAUCCUGGACUAUCCGGAUCCCAACACGCACACAUUCUCGGACGCAUUCUGGAAAGCUGGUGUCUUUCCAAAUUUCCCGAAAAUUUGCAUCACGCUGUCAAAGAAAUUUCCUGAGCAUCCAAACAAGCUGCAGCUGGAAAGAGUAGAUAAAUUUGCACUUGAUGCUUUAAAUGAGAAUGCUGAAGGUUACAUGCACAAUCUAGAGCAAUGGAUCCUGUUGCUUCUUGAUUUGCUGGCAUUUCGUGAACAAGCUUUGCGACUUAUUUUGGAUUUGAGCAGCACGGUCAUAACAUUGCUGCCACAUCAGAACUCUUUAAUUCUUCAUGCUUUUAUGGAUCUGUUUUGUUCAUUUGUCCGAGUCAAUGUUUUCUCAGACAAGGUACCAAGAAAGAUGAUCCUCCAGGUUUACAACAUCUUACACGUUAUGCUAAAAGGUGGUCGUGAUUGUGAGUUUUAUCACAGAUUGGUUCAAUUUGUCGACUCUUAUGAUCCACCUAUCAAAGGGUUGCAUGAAGAUCUAAAUUUUGUGAGCCCACGAAUUGGAGAGGUCCUGGAAGCUGUUGGUCCAAUUAUCUUCCUUUCAACUGAUACAAAAAAGUUAAGAAAUGAAGGUUUCCUCAGUCCAUUUCACCCACGUUAUCCAGACAUCCUAACAAACUCCGCUCAUCCAAUGAGGGCCCAAGACUUGGCUAAUGUCACAUCAUACCGUGAGUGGGUUCUUCUAGGAUAUCUUGUUUGUCCUGAUGAACUACUUCGGGUGACCAGUAUAGAUGUUGCCAUGGUUGUUCUAAAAGAGAAUUUAAUACUCCCUCUGUUCAGAGAUGAGGUAAAAUUAAAGAUAAUGUGGCAGCUACUAUUGGUUUGUUGGUGGUCCUUUGCUAAUUUGGUCUUUCAUUGGUUCAUGCAGUACAUCUUACUUCAUGAAAACUAUCAACUUUAUGUCCUUCCAAAAGUUCUAGAAUCAAAGAGAAUGGCUAAAUCUGGACGAACUAAGCAAAAGGAAGCUGAUCUGGAGUACAAUGUUGCAAAGCAGGUUGAGAAAAUGUUAACGGAAGUGCAUGAGCAAGCGCUAGUGUCAUGUGAUGCUAUGCAUCGUGAAAGAAGAAUUCUUCUUAAGCAGGAAAUUGGAAGGAUGGUUUUAUUUUUCACAGAUCAACCUAGCCUCCUAGCACCUAAUAUUCAGAUGGUCUUUUCUGCUCUUUCGUUGGCUCAAUCUGAGGUGAUUUGGUACUUCCAGCAUGUGGGGGUUUCAUCAUCAAAAUCUACUCGAGGGAAAACUGUUGACAUUGAUGCAACGGACCCAACUAUUGGUUUCUUAUUAGAUGGAAUGGGGAAACUUUGUUGCUUGGUCCGUAAAUACAUAGCAGCAAUAAAAGGAUAUGCAUUAUCAUACUUGUCAUCUUGUGCUGGAAGAAUACGGUUCUUACUUGGUACUCCAGGAAUGGUUGCUCUCGACCUAGAUGCAACACUGAAGGGCCUUUUUCAGCAAGUCCUCCAUUGUCUGGAGAACAUUCCAAAACCUCAGGGGGAAAGUGUUCCUGCCAUUACCUCUGACUUGACUGAUUUGCGUAAGCACUGGCUCUCCAUUUUGAUGAUUGUCACAUCUUCACGAUCCUCGAUAAACAUUCGGCACUUGGAGAAGGCUACGGUGUCUACUGGGAAGGAGGGUUUGGUGUCCGAAGGCAAUGCUGCAUAUAAUUGGUCAAGAUGUGUGGAUGAACUUGAGAGCCAACUUUCCAAACAUGGAAGUCUUAAAAAACUUUACUUUUAUCAUCAGCAUCUUACCACAGUCUUCAGAAAUACAAUGUUUGGUCCGGAAGGCCGCCCACAGCAUUGUUGUGCUUGGCUUGGAGCUGCUUGCAGUUUUCCAGAAUGUGCUUCUGCAAUUAUUCCUGAAGAGGUUAACAAAAUUGGCAGAGACUCUAUCUCAUAUGUUGAGUCCCUUAUCGAGUCUAUCAUGGGUGGAUUGGAAGGUUUGAUAAACAUUCUAGAUUCAGAAGGUGGAUUUGGCUCAUUAGAGAUGCAGCUUUCCCCGGAGCAAGCAGCUCUUCACUUGAAUAAUACAACAAGAGCAAAAGGUGUUUCAAGCUUGUUAACACCAGGACAUGAGAGCUAUCCUGAUAAUAGUUCGUCAAUUAAGAUGUUGGAAGCUGCUAUGCAAAGGCUGACAAGUUUGUGUUCUGUUCUAAAUGACAUGGAGCCUAUUUGUGUUCUCAACCAUGUUUUUGUUCUCCGGGAGUACAUGAGAGACUGCAUCAUAGGAAAUUUCAGGAGAAGAUUUCAUAGUAUGAUUAGAACUGAUAACUGCAUUCAGCGACCAUCAAUCAUAGAGUCUCUUCUACGAAGACAUCUGGGCAUUAUCCAUCUAGCAGAGCAGCAUAUCAGUAUGGACCUUACUGAAGGUAUACGUGAAGUGCUACUAGCAGAGAGUUAUACUGGUCCAUUUCCCAAUCUGCAAAUGUUUGAGACACCAGUGGGGACACAGGGAGGGGGAUCUGCUGUUGAGAUGAUAUGCAAUUGGUAUAUUGAGAAUGUAGUAAAGGAUGCUUCUCAUAUUGGAGUUGCUUUUGAUGCAAUCCAGAAUUGCUUCAGGAGCUCACAACCUAUCGGUGGUGGAUGUUUGGCUGAAGCAUUUACAGAUACAAGAGAACUCAAAGCACUUGUUCGUCUUUUUGGUGGCUAUGGAAUAGAUAAAAUGGACAAGAUGCUAAGGGAACAUACUUCUGCACUGUUAAAUUGUAUCGAUUCAGCAUUGAGGUCAAAUCGUGAUGCCUUAGAGGGCCUAGCUGGAAGUGUAAAUUCUGGUGAUAGGAUUGAAAGGGAUGCAAAUCUGAAGCAGAUUAUUGAUAUUGAGACAUUGGCUGACCUCUGUAUUCAAGCAGGACAGGCGAUAACUUUUCGUCGACUGUUGGUUGAGGCUGUUGGAGCGGUGCUUGAAGAGAAAGUACCUCUUAUAUAUUCUCUUCUCAAAGGAUUAGCCCUGCAGCUGCCAGACGAGGUACCUGAUAAAAAUGAGAUCAUUAGAUUGAGAAGGGUUGCAAGCAGUGUUGGUGUUGGUGACAAACAUGAUGCUGAGUGGGUACACUCUAUCCUGGCAGAAGCUGGUGCAGCUAACGAUAAUUCUUGGGUCUUACUUCCAUACCUUUGUGCUGCAUUUAUGGUAUCCAAUAUUUGGAGUGGUGCUGUUUAUGAUGUCAAUAUAGGUGGAUUCAGUAACAAUUUGCACUGCCUAGCAAGGUGUGUAAAUGCUGUGGUCGGGGGAAGUGAAUACACUAGGGUUGAAAGGGAGCAGCAAAUAAAUUCUCUUUCAAAUGGGCAUACAGAUGAGUUGCAAGAGGCUGAAUUACCAAGCCGUGUCUCAGCAGAAGCAAAUAUUAAAUCUGCUAUGCAGAUCUAUGUCAAAUUGUCUGCAGGGAUAGUCCUGGAUUCAUGGAAUGACACUAGCAGGCCACACAUUGUUCCUAAGCUAAUAUUCCUGGAUCAACUCUGCGAGCUGUCCCCGUACCUCCCCAGGAGCACCUUAGAAGUUCACAUACCUUACACAAUCCUCCGCUCAAUCUACCACCAGCUAUAUGGUGCCUCACUGAUGGCUUCAGAACCAAUGGAUCAGUCUCCAAGACAGUCACCUCUGAUCUCUCUUGCGCAUGCAUCCCCAUCUGCAAGGCAAAAUCGACCGGAGACAACACCCAGGUCCCACACUUUCGAGCCAAGCUACUACAGUUCGUCAGGGUCACAGCAUGACGACGGGUACGAUGGAGAUAAGAGGACCGGACAGCUGCGGAGCAUGAGGCGCUCGGGACCACUUGACUUCAGCGCUAGCAGGAAGGUGAAGUUUGUUGAGGGCUCAAGCUCCGGGAGCAGCCAUGGUGCUGGCUCACUGCAGAGAUUCGCGGUGUCGAGAUCUGGCCCUCUGUCCUACAAAUAGGAACUUUCGGUAACAUGACCAUGUGUUCUGAUGGAGCACCAGAAUCAGGCAGCUGACAAGCAGCGUAAGCGAAUAUUAUUCUUUAAUCUUUGUGAUUGUAGGGUACUAGGUCUGUAGAUCAUCCUAAUGUGUAUUACUUGUAUGUAGCUAGUGGAGUUGUAAGUAAAACCCGUUGUAUGUUGGUUUUGUAGUGUGCUCAUGUUUAAUGUUGUUAGAGAAGUGAUUUGAACUAGCUAAGCCAGUUUGCGUGUGAAAGCAAAGACACUGCUUGUAUUGUAGUACCCAGUACAGCUGUUCAUGUGAAAUGGGCUGUCCGAUAGCCGGUAAGGUAACAAAUGGUGAGUUAUGAGAUCUUGACUGAAAUGAGAUCUCGACUGUUCAUGUGUAAGUCAAGAUUCAUCCCUGUAAAACUCAUUUCAUCACUCUUCAUAAUUUCUAUGCCAUGUCACCAUAUUUGUUUACAUGGCAUCUCAUUUAUGGAAAAUGAAACUUCCAUUGA